UAUGAUGUCCAAAGUAGACCUAUAUUGUGACAAAAAAAGUUAACCAUUGGUGAAAUAAAAAAAGCGAUAUUCGUUCUCUGAACACACCGGAAAUAAGACAAAAAAAAGUUAAACAUUGGUGAAAUAAAGCGAUAUUCGUUCUCUGAACACACCGGAAAUAAGACAAAAAACGAAAGUAGGAGAAGAGGAACUUAACAUCAACCUGAACGCGCGUUAAGUGAACAAAUCGAAGCAGACGUGAGCUGCUUGAGUGUUAAUCGCAUGGGGAUCAACCCACGUAACUUGGACAAUUAGCCAAAGCUCAGAUUCUAAGCCAGUUUUAUUCGUAGACCAACUGCUUGGAUAGAAAUAAUCUUUGGAUACAAAGGCGCAGUUGUCUUGUAAACAAUGGAUUCUCUCCCGUUGGAACAGUUCCCUCCCCUUGAAGGUUUAAUUCUGCCCAGAUGGUCUCCCUUUGCACAAGGACCGUAACCCUCAGCCACGGCAACUCUGCUGGAAUUCCUUAUACAGCGCUUCAAGACGGAAAGUGGAUUGCUUCCCCCCCCCCCUUUUUUUUUUUAGUGGGUGUGAACCACCCCUCCCCUCACGGACUUUUGAUUUUCUUCUAGCGCCUAGUGUUUUAACGAGCAAGGGAAAGGGGAAUUAUUUAGUGUCAAUGUUCUGAAACGCUUUGGAAUGAGAGUCUUUAUUUCAGUGUGAAGUGUUCAGGGACCGUGAAACUGGUAGGUUUUUAUUCCUCUAUGGAGUGCCUCUGAAAACAGCAUUACGAGUCAGUGUUGUGUUUUCUUUUUUCUUAAAACUAAUUAUGAUGUUGUGUCGAUUGUCUCUCGUGGAAUCAUUUUGAAUGUUAGUCAUAGGAGUCUACUUGGGGAUUAACUGCUGAGGAUUAUUACCAGUAGGACCCACCACGUAGGUCUGCCAUGACCUCGUUUAGUAGUGGGGCUUUCAGGGGAGUAGCUUCCAAAGAUGAACGGUUGUUUGAGGAAGAGCAGCUGCCGGACGGAUCGUUCGACAAGGCGGACGAUGAACUGGUGAUAGUGGAAGUGGAGGACAGAAAACACGAUGCGGUCAGCGAUGACGAGGCGGCGCCCCUUACGGUGCGCUUUACGGCGCCCCUUACACCCCACCUUACAGCGCCUACGUCUAAGAAGCACGGUCAAGGUAAACUCAAGUCUCCUCUUUCCAAGGGGAAUAGUCAUCAGAAUGAGAAAGAGUGGUUUCCACUUCUGAAAAGCUCAUCAAGAAUCGAAGACAAUUCCCAACUUGAGUUGAGCCCACAUUUUGAAAACGCCCACGUAAGAACACCUCGUUCAACGACGGUGACGUCAAACCUGUCACCACGUCGCGUGCAGCACAUUGACCCGGAUGACGCCCAUUUCUCUGGAAUCGAUCGGACCGCUUCCCAAAAUGGCCCCGGUAGCGCUCUGGACCCGAAUCGGUCAAGGGCAGAUAAUCAAAACAAGUGCGCAUCGGUCAGUGAGUUACCGGCCUUCCACAAAGAGACAGGAUCCGCUUUAUCUGUGCCGAGUAAAGAACCUAGCGCAUCGUCUAGACCAUUACACGCGCCUGGAAGACUGGAUUCCAACACUGUUAAACCCUGGCCUUCAACAGGUUCUGUUGACUUGACCGGACAUAGGAAUGUACCAGACUUAAUCAAAGAUAGACCAUUGGAAUCAUCUCAUGGUGGAACUGUAACUUCCUUCCCGGUUAUCGGACUUUUAGAUCCGGAAUCAAAAAACUGUAAUCAACAUGGCUGUCGCCCUCUAGGCUGUGCCACUGACCACCGGCGGCUAUCUCACAAUUACAUUCCUGUAUCAGGGGACGUUUCGGACAUUUCCUCGUCGUUUGAUAGAAAUGAGCUCAGACACGGUUCCUUAGCUGACCACUUGGACGUUAGAAGUCAGCAGCACCUUCUAGACAGUAGAAAAAGUCAAAAUAUAGUUGUGGAUAUAAAGGAUAACUUAGUAGACAAGAAUUGCCAGGAACCUAUUAUGGGGGACGGAGUGAUUCUCGAAUCGUACACAGCCCUGGACCCCCAGCGGAAAAAUGACCAUUCUAUAAAUGGCUAUUUGGACACCAACAAAAACGGACCAACUAAAGAUAUUAGCUUAGACGGCGAAAAAAAGAUCGAUCAUUCUAACGGGAAGGUUUUCUCGGAAGUCGAAGACAAAGAGGAAGCGGAUGACGGAGGCCCUUGUGGAUGGGGUCCAUUUCGGUUAGACUUUUGCCAGCGGUUUCGAAGCCCGGCUUGGUUUCUGGUUGUCUUGACACUAUGUGGAGCUUGUCAGGGGAUGGCUGUCAAUGGGUUUGUAAACACAGUAAUUUCGACAAUAGAGAAACGCUAUGAAAUAUCCAGCACUGAAUCUGGGCUGAUUGCCAGCUGUUACGAUAUUGUAUUUGUUCUACUAGUAAUUCCUGUUUCCUAUUUUGGCGGCCAUGGACACAAACCAAGAUAUUUAGGCAUCAGCAUUCUUAUUUUAGGAAUUGGCUCAUUUGUGUUUGCUUUGCCUCACUUUAUAUCUGGGAGUUACAUCGUGGACAAUGCAGAUGACACUGUAUGUAAACUUAUGUCGAACAACUCUCAUGGUUGUGCCAACAGUGCUGCAUCAAGUUUAUCUAACUACAAGUAUUUUUUCUUCUUGGGGCAAGGUCUUCACGGAGCUGGGGCAACUGCUUUGUAUACACUGGGUGUGACUUACAUCGAUGAGAAUGUUCCUCAGAGAGUGUCUUCAUUUUAUAAUGGUAUUUUUUAUACUGGGGCUAUUAUCGGACCAGCCAUUGGAUAUAUGGUUGGGGCUGAGUUUCUUAACAUCUACACAGAGGUGACAGUUGACCCAACUACGCUUGGCUUAGAUACUAGCAACCCUAAAUGGGUCGGAGCCUGGUGGAUAGGCUUUUUGAUCAGUGGUGUAUUCGGUGUGCUGCUGUCACUCCCUUUGCUGGCCUAUCCAUCAUCACUGCCAGGUUCCAAGAAGUAUGCACUAGAGAGAGGCAAAGAAGCACAGGCUAUGAAAAGUACAGAUGUCACCGGGAAAAGUUUGGGUUUAAAAGAUUGUCUGCUGUCCAUAAAACUUUUGCUCACAAACAUUCCAUUCAUGUUUAUCAAUUUGGCAGCUGCUGCAGACGGUGUGCUAGUGGCAGGCUUUUCCACUUUCAUGCCUAAGUUUAUAGAGUACCAGUUUGGGGUUUCUGCAGGAACAGCUGCUUUAUAUGUAGGUUUAGCCGUUGUUCCAGCUGGAGGUGGAGCCACUUUUGCUGGUGGUUUCAUUGUUCGACUAUUUAAUCUGAAAGUGAGGGGUAUCCUUCGCCUGUGCACUAUUAUGUCCUUUGUUCUGUUUGCUUUGGCUUUCUCCCUUCUAAUGGAGUGUGACACUGGACCAUUUGCUGGUGUGACACUUUCCUACGGACAAACAGAUGUCAGGCUGUCCACUAAGUUCAGUAAUGCUACAUUCAUGGGGAAAGCACUAAAUAACUCUUGCAAUCAAAGAUGUGGCUGUGCAGAAGAGGAUUAUUUCCCCAUGUGUGGGCGAGAUAAUGUCAUGUAUUUUUCACCUUGUUAUGCUGGAUGUACUAGCUCUAGGCAUGAUGGGAAAUCAAAGAUGUACUACAACUGUAGCUGUGUCAACUAUAAUGUGACAGAUGAGGACUGGGUGCGAGGGACUACCCAUAUGGGAGUGUUUGGUAAAUGUGAAUACAAGUGCCAGUGGCUUACAGUCUUCAUGGUCCUCUUCACAUUUAUGAUUGUCUUUGUCUUCAUUACCUCUAUGCCUUCUCUUACAGCCACACUGCGCUGUGUCCCUGACCAUCAAAGAUCUUUUGGAUUAGGAAUACAGUGGAUAGUAGCCAGGUGUCUAGGUUCCAUACCUGGUCCAAUACUGUUUGGCAAAAUGUUUGACCUGGCUUGUCUUGUGUGGCAGAAACGCUGUGAUGGAGAGGGGUCAUGUUUCUUUUAUGACAAUCACAACAUGAGCAUCAAUUUGAUGGUUCUGGCACUUGUCUUCUCCUUGAUUGCAGCUUUGACAUUUUUAAUUGCUCUGUGUUUCUAUAAGGUGAAGAGUGAUGAGGUUACAGUUGAAGUAAAUGGCAGCAGUAAGGAAGACAAAUCAAAAGAGGGCAUCAACUUACAAGAUUUAUCUUUACAUAAAGAUACUGGGGUAUCAUUAAAGGACAGUGACUUUAUUUAUCAAACCAAUCAAUCAAGACCUGAACAUGAUUCCAGAUAACAGUUCCUCAACUAUAUAUUGAAUUGAAUACUGAACCAAAAUUUGUUAUUUUAUAUACUUUUUGACCUAAACACUUCUGUAAAUAUUUUGUUUUUUUCUUUAUUUGAAUUUUUAACCAUUAUUGCACUUGAAGCUGAUAGUGUUUACAAUAAUUUUUUUUCUAAAAAAAAAUUUAAUGCUUAACACAGCUCAGAGUAAUUUAACUUGUUGAGUUUAGCAGUAACAUAAUUUUGACCAAUUUAAAACUAGGAUGGUGUUGAAAUUCCUAUGUUAUCACUAUGUUUAAAUACUUAACACAAACAAUAAUCAAGGCAGCAUAUUACUAUGAGAUUAUUUUUUUGUAAAUUUAUUUUGAAUACCCUUUCAAAAAAAAGGUCUGAACUGAAAGCUCAACUACAGUAACAAAAGUUGAUUUUAAGUUUCCUAAAAUGAUGCAUAACUGGGGGGGGGGGGGGGGGGGUCAAGGCUAUGCUCUAAUUUUCAUAUUUAUUUUGAUUUCCCUAAAACUAUGCAGAAUAAUAGCAGAGUAUAUAGGCAAGUGAACAAUACCCUUUCAAAUAGCAUUUUGUUCUAUUUUUAAUAUUAAUAGUUCUCAUUGUUGCUUUUAUUCUCUGAGACAUUCAGGAUCCAAUAUGGAUGACCAGAGUAUUCAGCUUUGUGACAAAAUGUACUAGGCACUUAGUAAACUUUGCUCAAAUAACUGCAGCCUUUUUUUUUCCACUAAAUUAUUCAUGUGAUUGCAAAGAUACAGUCUUUAGUUUAUUGUUUUUGUAAUGUUGUUUCAUUUGACGCCAUGGCAAAGAUACACAUGUAGCUCAUUGUUUCAAUUUGAGUUGUUUUUUAAGACUUAUAUUUUGCUUUAAUGUCUUCAUAGUUAACAAGGUCACUAAAAACUGGCUUGACCAUCCACAUUGCCAUCAUUAAUCUGGAUUAAAUUAAAUUUGGGGUUUUCAUGGAGGUGUGGGCUUUUAUGAAAAAUGAAAAAAAAAAAUUUACUUUUAUGAUUUAAACUUGUUGAAUUUUUUUUUAAGGGAACAUUGCAAUAACUCUUAUUAGUUAGUAAAAUGGAUAGAAUGAUGAUUCCUAGGUUCCAAUCAUUUCUACUCAUUUAUUUAUUAUAAAUGUAUUUUAUAAAAAUACUUGCUGGCUGCUUCUUAAAAAUUCACAUUAAUUUUUGUUAGUAAUCAUAAUGGGUUUUUUUUUAUGUAUAGAAACUUCAAUAUAUUAUAUACAUUGUUCAGUCAGUUUUGUAAAAUUUAAAAUGUUUUACAUGUUUCAAAUGUUCCUUCAGAGUUAAAGAUAAUCUACUUCUUAGUCUAAACCUCACUCGAAAUGAUGACAACCAGGCAGACAAUGACUUAUAAAAGGUUUGGUCAAUACUCAAGUUUAAAAUGUUAAGGAAGCAGCGUUUAGAGCACAAAACAAAGCUAUACAUCUAAAUAAAGAAAAUUUGUUUGUUUAUUUAAGUGCUUAAAAGGAGAAUUUAGAAAUCAUUUGAGAUCAUUAUUUAAAGGGUUUUUUUUUUCUUCUUACAAUGCUUAAAGCAGAAUUGAGAAAAAAAAAUUUUUUUUAAUAUGUUGCAAAAAUAAACACAUACUUAACUAAACACUGGGGGAGCAAUGUUUAGAAAAUCAAACCUCUGGAGAUGCAAUGUUUAGAAAAUCAAGUCUCUGGAAAUGCAAUAUUUAGAAAAUCAAACCUCUGGAGAUAUAAUGUUUAAAAAAUCAAACCUUCUGAGAUGGAAUGUUUAGAAAUGUAACACAGGCAGCAACUGUGUGACUAUUAAGGAGUGUGAUUAACAUUUUUUUUUGGUGUCAGACUAAAUCAGUUGUCAAUUAUUCAUAAAAAUUAUUGAUUUAUACAUCAAUAAAUGGUUCAAAGAUAUUUCAGUGAAGAAAAUUCUUUUAGAAUAAAUAUUUAAUGUGGUGCCAGUAAUCAGUAUUCUUAGUGGAGACAAGAAUUCACAGCCAUCUUCGGGUUAAUGGGAAAUGAGAUUGUUCUCAUAUUUGACCACAAAGGAGGGAGCUUAUUAUUAUUUUUAUUAAUUAAGUUAAAAAAAAAAAAAAAAGAA